AUGAAUGCCUUUAAUGGACCAAUCCACACUGGUAAAAAGUGUCUUGAAAAAGCUGCAAAUGCUAAUCUAAAAGUGUGGUCAGUAACAGCUGAUGGCACAGCUGUUAACAUUAGUACAUUCGAAACACUGGGUUGCGAAUUUUCUGGUAACUAUGAAUCGAUCAAAAGCUUUUUUAAGAAUUCAACAAGGGGCCAUUCACAAAGGAUGUCCGGCCAAAUGAUGGAUUUUCAGACCCCCCCUCCCCCCCUUGUCCGGCAUUGUCCGAAUUAGUGACCCCCUCCCCCCGGACAUCCGCCAUGCCUCGCAAAAACUCACGCAACCUUGUAUAUAUCAAGAGUAAAAAUCUUUUUUUACUUUUAGAACUUUUUUAUAACUGUAAAUGUGAACACAAAAACAUAUAAAUUACUAAUUAAAACAAAAUCUAGUGUUAACCGCAUAGUCAAAAUGCCAAUUUCACAAUGGGAAGGACUGCUCAAAAUAGAGGGAAAAAGAAAUUUGUUUUUGAAUUUUUUUAAAUUUCGGACAUCCGGAUUGCUAAAAAAAACCCCUCCCCCCCCUAUGUCCGAGUUUGUCCUGAUUUUCCAAACCCCCCUCCCCCCCUCGGCUCGGACAUCCUUUGUCUUUGUGAGAAUAUUCAAGAACAAGAAGGGUUGAACCUGGCAAACAAACUGUCCUCAAAUCACAUACAAUUUCAGUUACUCUGUUGCAGAUGCGAUUGAGCUUCAUGCAUAUUUAAUAAAUUUAGUAAAAGCACUUACGUGUUUACAACUUUACAAUGCUACUCUGAAUCUCUGACCCAUGUCCUUUGUGUAUACAUUCAAUUUGAACGAAAAAAUGUUUCAUUUGCCUGAUUUAUCGAUCGAAUACACGUAUGAAAAGUUAUGAUUCGUACUGUAUUGAAUGAAAAUUUAACCGAUAGCCUCAAUAACAAGAGAAGUACCUUCCUUUUCAAAACAUUUUCAAUCACAUGUUGCUAUAAUGCAUGUUGCAUUGGUUGGCUGUCGCUGUUCUUCGGCGCCACGCAGGAAACGCGACAACGCGCGUGAAUUUUACCUCCAGACACGCGUGUCUGGAGGUAAAAUCUGGCUUCAGGCAAGUCUGGGCAUGUUCAGUUAAGGUAGCGUUCCAUAUAUUUUAGUUCAAUGUUAAAUGUACCCGAAAGCCGAGAGAGGUUUAGUAAACCUCUCGAGGCUUCAGGGACAUUUCAUCACUAAUAAUAUACAUAAAGAUAUUACUCGACUGUGAUUGGUUGAUUUCAGUGCAGUUAAUCCCAAACAGCAGUGCAAUUUCUGUAAUCACAGUGCAAUUUUCUGUAAUCACAGUGCAGAAAUCUGUAACAAACUGAUCUGAUUAGUGGAAAAACAUUGUGAUGAUUAAAUCAACCAAUCAGUUUAAGGCAGUUUAGUUUUAAAGAAGUAACGGUCACAGAUUGCUUCAAAACAAAACAAACAUGGCGCCGCGCUACACAAAGUAAAAGUUGCCUUCGCGUGAAAAAUAUGGCUUUUAUCUUUAUUUUUAAAUGGAAAAGCAUUUACCUUAAACAAGAUUAACAAAAAAUACACAGUUGAGUGGAAUUUUCAAGCUAGGAAAACUUUGCCAGUGGAAUGUUCGCUAUAAACGCGUAAGUUAAAACUACAAUUGUCUCGAAAAUUUUUUUGUAAAUUAUUAAUAAGUAAUAGCAUGGUUUCUCGUGAAAUUUGGAUAAACAUGCACUCGUGAGUUUUUCAAAGACCUCAAAUAGCACUCGUCCUUCGGACUCGUGCUAUUUUGAGGUCUUUGAAAAGUUGCACUCGAAACCUUGCUAUUACCAAAUUGCACUCGAAACCUUGCUAUUACCUAUACUAAUCGACCGUAAUGCCAUGCUAUUACUUUGUAAUACCAUUAGGGAUGGGCCGAUAUCGAUACCAAAUACUCGAUACUAUCGAUACCAGGGCUUUGAAGAAAAGUAUCGAUACUGGCAAGAAAUAUCGAUUGUUUCGAUACUUCUGAGCCUGCGAUAUUUUCUCAUUUUGGUCAGCGGACUCGUCAUGAGGAUCCACUAUAGCUCCAUAACAUGAAGUAUAUACUUGAAAAUAAACGUGUUGAAAACGUAUUUAACCUUACCAGCGUGAUUUUGCCAUUUUGUCGUUGAAGAGAUGAUCGAACUUGAAGGUAAUUUGCAAUUUUAAUUAGACUUUCAGUUCUAGUAUUUUCUUAUGUCCAAGAACACAUACGCUAGGCUAAGCUUUCAAUAUGCAAACAUUAAAUCCGAGCACAAUGUUCUCCGUACCAUAUUAGUUGAAACAAUUGUUAAUUCUAUAGAAGCGUUAGAAAUCUUGGAAGAAGGUGACUCGGCUGACGCUGACGCCAAUUACGCCGCUGUUGAUAACAAGCGUCAGAGAAGUGCUGUUUGGGAUUAUUUCCGAAAACUAACAGAUACCGCAAAUACAACGGGAGCAUCGAAGUGCAGCAUCUGUUCUGAAAACGUUAAACAUGGCAGCAACACGUCUAACCUUUUCAAGGUAACUGGGCGAUUGAUUGUAGAGAUUCGUAGCUUUACAACUUAAACUUAAUUCCUGAACUACUAAAACGUUAUUUUGGGUACUAUUUAUAACGGUUUCGAAUUUUUUUAGCAUUUAAAGCUGAAACAUCAAGAGCAAUACAAAGGAGCUGAAAAGAAAAGAAAAUUAGAUGAAGAAAACAAUGGCAAUGCAAAGAAGCAAUCUAGUAAAACAAAAAAACAAACAACAAUCAUAGAUACCAUGCUACAUGGAAAAUACUCAUCCACGUGCACACGACGCAGGAAGAUUGACGACGCGGUGUUGAAAAUGAUUACAUCAGACCUUCAACCUCUAUCUGUUGUGGAAGAUGCAGGGUUUCAAUCAUUGCUACAUUUAUUGGAUCCUCGAUACAAGCUUCCGUCCAGAAGAACCAUGACACGAAUGCUACCUGAUAUGUAUUCUAAACGAGUUAAAGAGAUUAAGCAGGAGCUUGAGCAGAUAUCACAUGUUGCUCUCACGAGUGACCUAUGGACAUCAAGAGCGACAGAGAGCUAUCUCACCGUUACUUGCCACUAUCUUACUUCUUCAUGGGUGCUUCAAUCGCGGGUUCUUGAGACUUUCGCAUUCAAAUCAAGCCACACUGCUGAGAAUAUCGCUGCAUCAUUUCUGAGAGUUGCAAAAUCAUGGGAGAUAUCAGAGAAAGUUGUUGCAAUGGUAACAGAUAACGCUGCGAAUAUUGUUGCUGCAGUUCGAAUAACUGGUUGGAAACAUGUCAAAUGCUUCGCACACACCCUGAACCUCGUAGUCUCGGAAGCAAUCAAGACUGAUCUGAUUAACGGUAUAAGAAAGAGAUGCAGACAAAUUGUAACAUUCUUUCAUCAGAGCACAAAAGCCACGGAUAAGCUGAAGGAGAUCCAAGCUCAAGCACAAGUUCCUGACCACAAGCUCGUCCAGGAAGUGGAUACAAGGUGGAAUUCUACAUUCUACAUGUUCGAACGCAUCAUUGAGCAGCACGAAGCCGUUACGACCACACUUUGUCUCUCGAAUCGCAAUGAUCUAUGCCUCUCUAUCUCGGAUGUGGAAGUGCUCAAAGCUGCAGUGGCUAUUUUGAAGCCGUUUGAGCGCGCCACAACAGAGAUAUCAGCCGAUCAAUAUAUCUCAAUCUCAAAGGCUAUACCCCUUGCAAAGUCCCUCCAGCAUUUAACCUCAGCAAGUAUCCACAAAGAUACAACCCUUGCUUCUGAGAUGAGUGCUCAACUGCGUCGACGUUUUACAGGCGUGGAAAAUGUCCAUUUGCUAGCCCAUUCCACUUUGCUUGACCCACGCAUGAAGAAGCUGGCCUUUUCUAGUUUUGUAGCUGCGCGACAGGGGGAGCAAUGGAUUGUCGAAGAGAUGAAACAACAUGUUCCUGCAGUUCCCACUGAUGAACAGACAGAAGUAACAGAACAACGAGAUGUCGGCUUAUGGGAUCUUUUCGAUAAAAAAGUUGCAAAUAGACAACUGCGAGCAACUUCAACCCUCACUAUAGAGAGGGAGUCUACAAGAUUCUUUGAUGAUAAACUCCUAGCAAGAGAUAAAGAUCCACUAACAUGGUGGAAAGAAAAUGAGAAAGAUUACAAGAUUCUCUCCAAUCUUGCAAAGAAAUAUCUUUGUAUUCCUGCUACAUCUGUCCCAGCGGAGAGGCUCUUUUCGAAAGCAGGAGAACUUAUUUCAAUCCGACGAAAUAGGCUUAAGUCUAAAAAUGUUGAUAUGUUAUUGUUUUUAAAUAAGAACAUGUAA